AAUGGCAGCAGGCCUGGACCCUUGGAAUAGCACUAUCCCCAAUGGCUCCUGGGAGGGGGAUGAACUGGGCUACAAGUGCCGCUUCAACGAGGACUUCAAAUACGUGCUGCUGCCCGUGUCCUACGGCGUGGUGUGUGUGCUAGGUCUGUGCCUGAACGUCGUGGCUCUGUACAUCUUCCUGUGCCGCCUCAAGACCUGGAACGCUUCCACCACUUACAUGUUUCACCUGGCAGUCUCUGACUCUCUCUACGCAGCCUCCCUGCCACUGCUGGUUUAUUACUAUGCCCAGGGUGACCACUGGCCGUUCAGCACGGUUCUCUGCAAGUUUGUGCGGUUCCUCUUCUACACCAACCUCUACUGCAGCAUCCUCUUCCUCACCUGCAUCAGCGUGCACCGGUGCCUGGGUGUCCUGCGCCCUCUGCACUCCCUGCGCUGGGGCCGGGCCCGGUAUGCCCGUCGCGUGGCUGCGGUUGUAUGGGGGCUGGUGCUGGCCUGCCAGGCACCCGUGCUCUACUUCGUCACCACCAGUGUGCGGGGGAACCGCAUCACCUGCCAUGACACCUCGGCCCGAGAGCUCUUUAGCCAUUUUGUGGCUUACAGCUCCGUUAUGCUGGCUCUGCUCUUUGCUGUGCCUUUUUCUGUCAUCCUGGUCUGUUACGUGCUCAUGGCCCGGCGGCUGCUCAAACCCGCUUAUGGGACCACGGGAGGCCUGCCCCGGGCCAAGCGCAAGUCUGUACGCACCAUUGCCCUGGUACUGGCUGUCUUUACCCUCUGCUUCCUGCCUUUCCAUGUCACCCGCACCCUCUACUACUCCUUCCGGUCACUUGACCUCAGCUGCCACACUCUCAAUGCCAUCAACAUGGCAUACAAGAUCACCCGGCCACUGGCCAGUGCCAACAGUUGCCUUGACCCUGUGUUAUACUUCCUGGCAGGGCAGAGACUUGUCCACUUUGCCCGUGAUGCCAAGCCACCCACAGAGCCCACUCCGAGCCCCCAGGCUCGUCGCAAGCUGGGCCUUCACAGGCCUAACAGAACUGACACAGUGAGAAAAAAUUUGUCCAUCAGCAAUGAUGACUCAAGACGGACAGAGUCCACACCAACUGGGAAUGAGACUAAAGACAUUCGUCUAUAGGUCAGAGCCCUUCAGGAAGGUGCUGGUUCAUGUGGGGGAGUUGUCGGGGACCAAGGCUUGUUCAAAUGGGCUGAUGUCCUUCUAUAUGGAUCAUCAAUGACUCUCAUUUGGCAGCGGAUCAGGAUACUCAUCCUGUGGUUCAAAGGAGUAACAGGACCCCAAAGUCCCCAAUCACUUGCAUGUGUGAGUUGGAAAAUCAUAUCCUAAGAAAGGCAACGCCGCCUGACUCCUGUACAGACAGCUGCCUUUCCUGCCAAGGUACCUAGGCCGAGGCAAACCCAAGGAAGAAGCAGGCCCAUCGAGGACGCAGCAGAGUCUGGGCUAGCUACUUGGAUUAGGAGUAGAAUCCCAAGGUGACUAGAGGACACCUGUGGGUAAUCAGGGCUGAGUUCCCAUGGCGACUUGGGAUGGACCUGGGCACUACAGUGGACUCAUCUCAGAGGAGGGCCCUCAGGCCAAGAGACAAACAUCUGAGCACUGAUGUCAGAUCCAUCUGGAGGCUCCCCUGGGCUGGAAGGCAGAUUGAAAGCAUAACGGAUAUGAAAGGCCGAGCCACCUAUUGGGCUGUGCUCUGCUGCAUGGUCAGAGAAUAGGGGCACGGCCUGGGAACCUGUCGCCACCCACACAAGGGCCUGUUAUGUCUGCCACCUGCCUUCCUACUACCACUUUCCCAGAGUCUCGGAUCAGGGAUCCCUCCUCACACCCCCAGGCCAACCCUGCUUUUAAGCCACUGUCGUCUGUAUUGCACUAUGCCAAGCAUGGAGAAGAGUCAAAUAGAAUUCCAGUUCUUGGAGUUGGUUCCCCAGCUCACAAAACCUCACAUGUGCUGGUAAACUUUGAACCAUUUAACUGAACUGGCGGGGGUGGGGGCUUUAUUUAUAACACUGCCAAUUGCUGUGGUGCAAGCAAUGCCACUGUGGCCAAUCCAAUUUCAAUUACAAAUUACCAACACAGUGACAACCUCUUUGCAAAAUUCCUAAAAAU